GCAGACGCGAGGUGGAGGGGGCGGGGAGAGGAAGUUGGACGAUGAUGGCGGCGGUAGCGGGAACGUCCGCGGUGCUGCGGCGAUACGUGGUGGCCCCGGCGGGGCAACAUAGCGCCUCUCUGAUCAUGCUGCACGGUUCAGGUGAUUCUGGCCAAAGAUUCAGAGGAUGGAUCAACCAAGUUUUAAAUCAUGACUUAGUUUUUCAGCACAUCAAAAUUAUUUAUCCAACAGCUCCUUCCAGGCCAUAUACACCGAUGAAUGGAGGACUCUCCAAUGUGUGGUUUGACAGAUAUAAAAUAUCAAAUGAUUGCCCAGAACACCUUGAAUCUAUUGACUCAAUGUGCCAAGUACUUACAGAUUUGAUUGAUGAAGAAGUAAAAAAUGGCAUAAAGAAGAAUAGGAUACUAGUUGGAGGAUUUUCAAUGGGUGGAUGCAUGGCACUGCAUUUAGCAUUUAGGAAGCAUCAUGAUUUAGCUGGAGUAUUUGUACUUUCUAGUUUUCUCAAUAAAACAUCUGCUGUUUAUCAGGCUCUUCAAAAGAAUGAAGGUACACUUCCUGAAUUAUUUCAGUGCCAUGGCACUACUGAUGAGUUAGUUCUUCAUUCAUGGGGUGAAGAGACAAAUUCAAUUUUGAAAUCAUUGGGAGUAAGCACAACAUUUCAUAGCUUUCCAAAUCUUUAUCAUGAGCUAAGCAGAAGUGAGCUAGAAAAAUUAAAGUCUUGGGUUCUUGAGAAGCUACCAAAAGAAAUAGAAAAACCAAAUUAAUAAAUCAAGUAUUUAUGUUUUUAAAUUGUAUGUAUUUGUGAUGUCCUUAUUAUGAGUAGUAAACUUUGCUGUCAAAAUGUUGUAUAAGCAGUUAUGACUCCAAUUAAACUUUUAAAACUGAUAUCAUGUGUCUAAUCUAAAA